AUAGGCAAUAAUACACGUCGUCUCCAGUCCUUCUACAGCCGAAAAUGCGAGCGAGGGUUUCUCUUUAAGCUCUUGAGACACCAUGAAAAUUAGGGAUUUUAGGGUCUUCCCCCAAUUCAUUCAAUCUACAAUUUCGACACUUAAUGCUUAAAACCCUAAUUUGGGUUUCAUAAAACCCCUAAAAUCUCUGCAGAAAAGAUGGUAGCAGCUGCUUUAAAUGGCAGAGCAAAACUGACCACUUUAACUUUCCUAUUAUGCCGUUCUUGUUUUAAUCGAUUGAACUGUAGUGUUGCUGUUGGGUUACACUCUUCUGCUAAAGGAUUUCGGGCAUUCAACACAUUGCAUCACUGUGGAAAUUUCAUUCUUGAUAAUUGUAUUAAAUCCAUCCCAGUUGGAGUCCUCCUCAAUUGGCCAACUUUUGCCCCUAGUAUUUUUGGCUGCUGCCAAUCAUUCUCAACCCAGGCAUCCCCCGCUGAAAUUGUGGAUGAUGUGUUGGCAGAAGUUCUCUUGGUUAUGGCCAAUUCUCAAAGUUCAGGAGAGGAACUCUGUGCUACAUAUAUUGAUAAGUUUUGCAAUGACAGAAAUCUAUCAGGAGCCAUUAGGCUAGUGAGGACCUUGCAUGAUAAAAAUAUCCCCCUCCGCCCUAGUGCACACAAUCGCCUUCUGAAAGCUGCAAUCGAGGAAAACGAUAUUGGCCUCCGAUGUCAGUGUUUCAAGGAUCUGUUAGUAUCUUGCAAAUCUCUGAAUUCAUCUACAUAUCUUAUCUUUGCUCAGGCAUUUAUCAAAGAAAAUGAUGUUCCCUGCUUACUAAGAUUUAUCCGGGAGAUUUCGGAGUUGAUAUUUCCAAGUAGUACUACAGUUAUGAAUAGGAUCAUCUUUGCCUUCGCUGAAUGUGGACAGAUUGACAGGGCCUUGCUGAUUUUUGAUCAGAUGAAGAGUUUGAAAUCCAAACCCGAUGUGAUCACAUAUAACACCAUUUUGGGAAUCUUAGGGAAGUGUGGUAGAAUAGAUGAAAUGCUUAAUGAGUUUUUGGCAAUGAAAGAGGAUGGGCUAAUUCCUGAUAUUGUUUCUUAUAAUACCUUAAUUACUGGAUUGCGAAAGGUUGGCAGGCUUGAGUCGUGCUUAGUAUUUUUCAGGGAGAUGUGUGAGAGAGAAAUUGAACCAGAUUUGCGAACUUAUAGUGCUUUGAUUGACAGCUUCGGAAAAUCUGGUAAUAUUGAAGAAUCUCUGAGACUUUUUAAUGAGAUGAAGCACAAGGGUAUCUGCCCAUCAAUUCAUGUUUACAAAUUACUGAUUAGUAAUUUAAAGAAGAUGGGUAAGUUUGAGUUGGCUAUUGCCUUUUCAAAUGAGAUGAAGGAAUCAAUCUCAAAUCACCAUGGGUCAAACUAUAAUCGACAGAAAAACAGAUAGUAUAGCAGUGCAAAAUUGAUCAUGGACUCCGGUUGAGUAAUGUUUACAAAGAGCAUCAGUUUGCUGCAUGCUGUUGCCGGCUGCUGCUGCUAUCUUCAACAAGAAGGGAUAUGCUGUGGCCAGUAAAGUUGAAGAACCAUAACCAGCCAUCUGGUCCAAUCAUAGGCUGACUUCCCCACAUUCGAUGGUUGGAUCUCUGAAAUGACUACACACCUGAAUUUUUCAAAGUAUUAUUCCUUGUGGGG